UCAAAGAAAGACUACUAAUGCUUAGUGAACAAAAUGGUUAAUUUCUUCAUGAAACACUGAAAUUAAAAAUAGUGCUGAAUGGAAUUUAUUGGGAUGUUCUCAUAUCUAUGACCAGAAAUGGAUAAUGAUACUACAGUGUUUUUUCUCUUGGAAUUUUCAAAUACACGGGAACUACAGCUUCUGUAUGCAAUGAUACUUUUGUUCAUAUAUUUAAUUACAUUAGCAGAAAACUUUCUAAUUAUUUCUGCAGUUAUUUUGGACUCCCAUCUUCACAUCCCCAUGUACUUCUUCCUGACAAAUUUAGCCUUUCAGGGCAUUGGAUCUGUCUCAGUCAUUGUCCCCAAAGCUGUUUUCAAUUCAUUUAUGAACAUAAAUAAUAUUUCUUAUCCUGAAUGUAUAAUACAAGUGUUUUUGUUUGUAUUUUUUGUAGACUCUGAUAUUUCUCUUCUUACUAUCAUGGCAUAUGAUCGGUAUGUUGCCAUUUGCAAUCCUUUACAAUAUGAGAUGAUAAUGAAUAGGAAGGUUUGUACCAAAAUAGUUUGUAGUGUGUGGAUUGUCAGCUUUCUCAAUGCUGUAUUAAACACAAUGGGAACUUUCAUUACUCCUUUUUGCUCUAAUAUUAUCAAUCAAUUUUACUGUGAAAUCCCACCUUUACUUAAACUUGCCUGCUCAGAUUUAUAUGUAAUUGAAACUGGAAUUGUAAUAUUUAUUUUUACAAUAACAUUUGGUUGUUUUGCCUUUAUCAUUUUUACUUAUAUACAGAUCUUUACUGCUGUUUCAAAAAUCCCUUCUGCUCAAGGAAGGAAAAAGGCCUUCUCCACUUGCUUCCCUCAUCUUACAGUUUUUUCUUUAUUUUUAUUUACAGCCUCACUUGCUUACCUGAAGCCUCAGUCUGACAAACCAUCAAACUUUGAUAUCAUUGUUACAAUAAUGUACUGCAUUAUUCCACCUCUGUUGAAUCCAGUAAUCUAUAGCAUGAGAAACAAGGAUAUUAAGGUUGCUCUAUCAAGAAUUCUUGGUGAAAAGACGCUUAAGGUGUAAUUACAAAUACUGAAUAUUAAUUUUAUGGUUAAUAUGAAUUCCUACCCUCUUUUUCACACACGUUUUCACAUAUUUUUCACACUUUUCAUAUAUUUUUCACACUUUUUUGUUUUAUAUUAAAAAGCUUAUUUUAGAUAUUUUGAUUCCCAGACCUAAAUAUUUAGUUUCCAAGCAAGUUUCAUUUCUUGUGUUUAAAUUGGAAAACAUAAUAUAUAGAAACUUUGAUUUUAUUUGUUUUGUAGGAUUUGAAGAAUGUUUCUCCAACAAUGCUGAUACAAUAAUUUCUUUGAUAGAUGAUUAUUCCUCCAACGAUGGCCUACAAUAGUUAACAUGACAAAUAUAGAGUAAAGGAACAUAAUUUGCAUAAGACAUCUCCUAUCUUUGCACAUUAUAUAUUGGUAAAGUUAGUCCAUUGCUUUUUUUCAAGACAGAUUGUCAUAUAUACUGUAAGUUAAACUAAAGGGAUAGAAUUGAAUGUAAUCUGAUAUUGUUUGUUAACUAAGGAAACUGGUUCUAAAUGUAUUUUGGUUAUUUAUUUGGUUUAGAUGAUCUCAUUUUACAAGUCAUUAUAAGAUAAUAUAAUUUUAUUUACUAAUUAAAAG